AAGAAAUUGGAUGUUUAGGGUUUUUCUUUGGUGCUUUAGGGCCCUAAAUAGGGAAUUAGGUGUUGACACAAGUGCUGUGAGGAAACACAGAUCGUUCUGUGCCGUGUGUGACACCGGAUCCCGUUUCAGCCGGGCACAGCUCUGCCCCUCUCCCGGCUGUGUUUACUCAGCCCUCAUCCAAGUUAAACAUUGAUAGCUGCCAGUGGCAGCAUGGGAACAGUGCCUGGCAUCAGGGAAUACUGACUCUGCAAAAUGGACCUCUGCUUUUGGGGCUGCCUUUAAGUGGAUAGCCUGUGAUGGCAACUAAGUUUUCUUUUUCAGCUCUGUUACAGGCCUGGGAUGAGUUGGACCUAAAUUCAGAGUGAAAAUUAAGUGAUAAAUGACAAAGGCCUGAUUGGAAAUCUAUGAAUGAGUCCAUUUCCUGCCACUGACUCCAGUGCAUUUCCAGAUGCUCUUCUACAACGGGUAGCAGAAUUGGAAAAGGUCAAUGCAGAAUUUCUGCGCACAAAGCAGCAACUUGAGCAAGAAUUUAAUCAAAAGAGAGCAAAAUUUAAGGAGUUAUACCUGGCUAAGGAAGAGGACCUGAAAAGGCAGAAUGCAGUGCUGCAGGCAGCCCAGGAUGACCUGGGCCAGCUGAGGACCCAGCUGAUGGAAGCCCACGCCGAAAUGGAGAACAUCAAGGCCAUAGCCACGGUGUCAGAGACCACCAAGCAGGAGGCCAUCGAUGAGGUCAAGAGGCAGUGGCAAGAAGAAGUGGCUUCCCUCCAGGCCAUCAUGAAAGAGACUGUUCGUGACUAUGAGCUGCAGUAUCACCACAGGAUGGAGCAAGAGCGAGCUCAGUGGAGCCAGUACCGAGAAAACAUGGAGAGGGAAAUUGCAGAGUUAAGGAGGAGACUGUCUGAAGGCCAGGAGGAAGAAAACCUAGAAAAUGAAAUGAAAAAGGCUCAGGAAGAUGCUGAGAAGCUGCGCUCGGUUGUGAUGCCCAUGGAGAAAGAAAUUGCAGCCCUAAAGGAGAAACUGGCAGAGGCUGAAGAAAAAAUAAAAGCAGCAUCAGAGGUUAAAGAGCUGAACCAUUAUUUAGAGGCUGAGAAGUCGUGUAGGACAGACUUGGAGAUGUAUGUGGCUGUUCUCAACACACAAAAAUCAGUCCUGCAAGAAGAUGCAGAGAAGUUGAGGAAGGAGCUGCAUGAAGUUUGCCAUCUCCUAGAGCAAGAGAGGCAGCAGCACAACCAGCUGAAGCACACGUGGCAGAAAGCCAAUGACCAAUUCCUGGAGUCCCAGCGCCUGCUGAUGAGGGACAUGCAGAGGAUGGAAAUCGUGCUCACCUCGGAGCAGCUCCGGCAGGUGGAAGAGCUGAAAAAAAAGGAUCAGGAAGAAGAUGAUCAGCAAAGGCUUAGCAAGAGAAAGGAAGAGAAGCAAAAAGAUUCAGAUGAUGAAACAAAGGCUUCGUGUUCUCUGGCCCCUGAAGAAACCCUUACCCAGCUCUCUAAUGAAGAGGUGCACGUGAACAGCACCCAUGGCUCAGUCCAUUCCCUGGAUGCAGACUUGCUUCUUUCCUCUGGCGAAUCCUUCAAUAAACCAGACUCUGAUAUGUUUAAAGAUGGACUUCGGAGAGCACAGUCAACAGACAGUCUGGGCACGUCUGGAUCCUUACAGUCCAAAGCUUUAGGAUACAACAACAAAGCAAAAUCUGCUGGGAACCUGGAUGAGUCGGAUUUUGGACCACUGGUGGGAGCAGAUUCAGUGUCUGAGAACUUUGAUACGGCUUCCCUUGGAUCCCUGCAAAUGCCGAGCGGGUUCAUGUUGACCAAAGAUCAGGAAAAAGCAAUCAAAGCAAUGACACCAGAGCAAGAAGAGACUGCUUCCCUGCUCUCCAGUGUCACCCAGGGCGUGGAAAGUGCUUAUGUGUCCCCCAGUGGGUACCGCCUGGUCAGCGAGACCGAGUGGAACCUGCUGCAGAAGGAGGUGCAGAAUGCAGGGAACAAGCUGGGCAGGCGCUGUGACAUGUGCUCCAAUUAUGAGAAGCAGUUGCAAGGUAUCCAGAUCCAGGAGGCUGAGACCAGAGACCAGGUGAAAAAGCUGCAGGUGAUGCUGAGACAAGCAAAUGACCAGCUGGAAAAGACAAUGAAAGAUAAACAGGAAUUGGAGGAUUACAUGAAACAAAGUGCUGAAGACUCCUCUAAUCAGAUCUCCUUGCUCAUGGCCAAGUGUCAGAAGUCAGAGAAUUUCCUCAGUGAGCUGCAGCAGGCCUUUCUGCAAGCCAAGAGAAGUGUCCAGGAGCAAAUGGCUGUCCUGACACAGUCAAGGGAGCAGGUUUCAGAAGAGUUGGUGAGACUGCAGAAAGAUAAUGAAAGCCUUCAAGGAAAACACAGCUUGCAUGUGUCCUUACAGCAGGCUGAAGAUUUCAUUCUACCAGAAGCAGCAGAGGAGCUCCGGGAGCUGAUCCUCAAGUACCGGGAGGACAUCAUCUGUGUGAGGACAGCAGCAGAUCACCUCGAGGAGAAGCUGAAGGCUGAGAUCCUCUUCCUGAAAGAACAGAUCCAAGCUGAACAAUAUCUGAAAGAAAAUAUAGAGGAAACUCUACAGCUGGAAAUAGAGAAUUGCAAAGAGGAAAUAGCUUCCAUUUCCAGUUUAAAAGCUGAACUGGAAAGAAUAAAAGUGGAAAAGGAACAGUUGGAAAGUUCUUCACAGGAAAACCUGCAGCAGCUGGAGAGUCUGCAGGAGGCAAAGAACACUCUAGAAGAACAGCUGAAGAAGGAGACUGCAGCAAAGGCCAACCUUGAGCAGCUGGUGUUUGAAGAGAAGAACAAAGCCCAGCGGUUGCAGACUGAAUUAGAUGUCAGUGAGCAAGUGCAGAGAGACUUUGUAAAGCUUUCUCAGACACUUCAGGUGCAGCUGGAGAGGAUCCGGCAGGCAGAUUCCCUGGAGAGGAUCCGUGCAAUCCUGAACGACACAAAACUGACGGACAUUAAUCAGCUCCCUGAAACAUGACACCCUGCUGGGCUCCGAGGCUGCUCUGGGUUUUUAACUCAUCUUUAUAGCAACAUUAAUUAUUAUUUAACUCUAACCGAGAGAGCAGAGGACAACAGAGGGGAGCAAUGACUUAAGUUUUGUUUCUAGAGGGGAAAAAGGUUUCGUACUGGGCAGGAGGAGAGCACAAGGGUGACUUGUAGUGUAGGAAGGAGAAUUUCUAAUGGAAACACUAAUGAGUGCAGUGUUUCGUGUUCCACUGAGUGGGAUCAGUCCUUACAUUCUGAAAAACUUCCCUCUUUCAGCCGACUUCGUAACCUAAUAUAGAGUUUUGGAACAUAUACCCCUGUCUUUCCCUCUGUCCUUUCCCCCACUACUGUGAUCAAAGUAGCUGCUGGAAACUGUAUUGUCCCUCCAAAACGUUGAAGAGCAAAGUGGUUGAAGUUUUUCUGUUUGAAUAGUCAGUAACAGUAUUCAGCUAGCAGAGAGAAUGAGGUGUAGAGUAUGCUGUAUGAAUAUUUUAUAUUAAAAUAUGACUUUAUUAGCAGGACACUGGAUAUUGAUCUUAUUUCAUAACUCAGUACUUUUUUUUAAAACCAUUGGCUCUGUGAAGAAUCUGAAUGCUGCUGAAAUGUGGAUAUGAGUGAGUUGUGUAUCUCCUGAACAGAUAAAUGCUAAUCCAAAAGAAAAAGAAUACUGUACUGAGAAUUUAACUCCUUGCCAUUUUUCUGUUGAAUUCAGAUACUGAAAGAAAAGCACAAGAAAUGCA